CCAACAGAGCCAUACGUUAGCUUGAGAUCUUACCCAAUAAUGCCAUACACUAGCUUGAGAUCUGUCGUUGUGUUUAUGCCGCCAGUCACACUGACCAGAAGGGAUAAGUUAACCUGUUACCUUGGAGUUUCACCAAAUAUCGACUUCAAGUGAUGUCUCAGAAUUCAAAAUGUGGGGGAUUUUCGCGGAGAUCGAUAAGAAUAUUCUCCGGAUUAAAAACUGUAAACGUCCUUACGUUAUACCUUACACUCGAUAACUCCAUAGCCCUUUAAUGCCAUUCAAUCCAGCGCUUCUUGUGAUUGACCUUCAAUACGACUUUCUUCCGCCCGAUGGCUCGCUUGCGAUCCAGAACGGGCUCGACGUGCUCGCCCCUAUCACAUCGUUACUUGACCCUAAACAUAACUGGAAAACCAUCAUCACAACCCAGGAUUGGCAUCCUGCUAACCAUUGCUCCUUUGCCACCAACCAUUCGGACACCAAACCGUUUAGCGUGGUGAAAUUCACCCAUCCCGAGGACGCUUCCAAGUCGAUGGAAAACAUGGUUUGGCCGGUCCACUGCGUCCAGAACACUCACGGAGCGGAAAUUCACCCGGAAUUUCUUGCAGAGUUGGAAAAACAGGGCUGGAAUGAGCGGGUUCCGGUGACAAACAUUCGCAAGGGAUACUUACAGGACCGCGAGUACUAUUCGUGCUUCACCGACUGCUGGCAGCUCCACCACACGGAGCUCCACGCCUGGUUGGCGAAGCAUGAAAUUACCGAUGUGGUUGUUGUCGGUUUGGCCUACGACUUCUGUGUGUUGCACAGUGCCAUUGACAGUGCUGCGUUGGGCUACCGGACGUGGGUGCUCACCGAUUGUUGUCGGGGCGUGGCACCAGCGGAGAACAAAAAGACGGAGGAAUUGUAUCGGGAGAAAAAUGUGAGGUUGAUUAAAGGAAUUCCCGACGGCCGUUUGCUUGAGCUGGUGAAAGAGAGUGUGUAGCAUCAGCUUGAACAAAGUUUGAGAGCUAAUGGUGGUGACGGCCUGAAUACUUAUCGGUAUCCUCAUUCAACCUAAACUCGAGACUAGUAUUUACCCUUAAGUAUUUUUAUAGGUUUAUUAUGGAUUGAUUAAGCCAAUCGGCCUUGGGAGUUUAAAAACAUCUAGCGAGUAGAGUUAGCAAUAUCGAUGAGGGAUGAAAAGGUGAACUCAUCUCGGUGUAACGUUUCGAACAUGUAUAAGCCAAGAAAUAUAUAGGGAUUUUGAAAUUCACAAAUACACUAUUGGUUCUCAACUGAACAUGAUUUUAAGCUAACCAAUUGGCUAUAAUCGGAGCAUCUGAAGUUGCACUCCUAGUAAAACGCCGCGAGCGCUGCAGAAAUAUACUUGAACCGCCAGGGCCAGGGUCUAACUGAGUGGAUAUUAAACCAUAUUUCCAAUACCGUUUCAGGGGGUUUAUUAUAUAAUAUGACAUUGAG